GUUCUUUGCAUCACUGAUUUCGGUAUAUAUAAGCCUAAACAAUGUCCAAUCUUACCCCAGUAGACUUUUAUAUUUUGAUCUGUAAAGAUUAUCUCUAACUUUUUGUCUAUUUGCUUAAUAUUAUUUUGUGUGUUGAAUAUAAAUUAAUUUAAAAAAAAAAAAAUAAAUUGUAGCGUGUGGUGAUAAUUAUAUUGCAGAUCAUGUUUCUGCAACUACUAUUAUCAGGAGUUAUAUUGGAAUGUUCAUCCUUAACAACGACAAUAACACCAACACUAACACCAAAUAUUGCUGCACAAGUGUUACCAUCAUUUCCAAAAUUAAGUAAAAGCUUUUCAUUCAGUGAGUCUAAUAAUAAUAAUGGUCAACAAACUCCUUGGAAACCAAUAGCACCACCAAAUUAUCAUCCAAUACAAAGUCAAAAUGCUCGAAGUAGUAAUGGAAAUAUUGCUAAUCAAAAUAAAAAUUAUGAAUCAAAUACAGUUAGUAAUUUUAAUAACUAUCCUGUAUUUCCAAAAAGUACAAUAAAUUUUAAAAUUGACAGUACAGGUUAUCCAAUGGAUGUUAAACAAUAUACUGAUUUAAGUGCAUUUAAAAAAUAUCAAGGACCAGAAAUUGCUAAACCAAAGUAUGAUGAUAUAAUGGCUCGUUUAUACAAUGAUCCAGUAACAUCAAAAAUAACACCAAGUUCAAGAAGUACCAGAGAAUCAUACAAGCCAUAUGAUUCAACAAAAUCAAUUGAAUUUAUACCAUCGUUUACAUCAAAAUCUAAACCAUUUCAAUUUCAAGAAUUCCCUAUGAGUACUCGUGGUUUUCCAAGCAAAACAAUGAAUAAAAAUUUUGAUUAUAGAAAAGGAAGCUUUAUUACAUCGCCUAGUAAUGAAGGAUACUAUUCAUCUCAAGAUGAUAAAUUUAAAACAAGAUAUAAUCCAUCUGGACCAGCAAAAAAAGCUUACAAUUUUAAUACUGCUUAUGGUUCUAAUGGUGGUAAUGCUAAAAAUGAUCAUUAUCAAUUACUUUCAACACAACCACAAUUACAUUUUAAUACACAAAGUGUUAAUCAAAAAAGUCCAAUGAUUUAUCCAUCAUUAGCAUUUGAAAGAAUUCGUGCUGACGUUGAAGUUAUAAAUAAAAAAAAAAAACCAUCAUUUCCAUCUCAUAAUAAUGAUGACGAUGAUGAUGGAGAUAAUGGCAAUAAUCAAUCUGAAGAAGAACUCGGAUCGGCAGGUGGUGAAAGUUUGGAAGAAGUUAAACCAUCUGUAUCAUCAUCACAAAACAGCAAUCCAUUUGAAAUGCCAGGUUCAAAUAUUUUUGAUUCAUAUGAUCAAACAUUUGGCAAUUUUUCAAAUAAUAAAUUUCCAAAAAGACCAGUAAUAAUUCCAGUUAGUGAAACUGCUGGAUCAAUACAACAAAAUAGCCAAGAAAGUACAAGUGUUGAGGAUCAUAAAGAAAAUAUUGAAUUUGAAGAUAAUAAUAAUGAUUCAACAUCAAAAUCAGCUGAACAUUAUGAUGAAGCUGAAACACGAACAAGUGACAAAGCUCAUACAACUCAAAAAUUAAAAACAAAUAGUCCAUAUAAAAAUUUUGGUGAUGAUUUUGAACGUGAAUUUGAAGAAUCAUAUAAACGUGAAAUUCCAAAAGAAGAUUACAAACAUGUUAAAGAAGUGCCAGAAAUUGAUGAACCAGUCAAUAAAAAAAAUAAAUAUUUAAGAAAAAAAGAUGACAUACCAUCAAGAAGAGUUAAAAAAUAUACAAAAACAAUAACACAACGUAAUACACCAAAAGAAUAUAAUCAUUAUGUAACAUAUCAUUCAGAUGAUGCUGAUAAAAAAGACAGUGAAAGUCGUGCUUCAAAUAAAGUAACACAAAAAAAUAUACCAUCUAAAACACAACCAAUUUUUGGAUCAAGAAUAGGCAAGCCACCAAGACGACCAGAUGACAAUGCAAAUAAAACAGUUGAUAAUAAAAAAAAUAUUGAUAGAUCUGAUACAAUAAUUUAUAAUAAUAAUAAUGAUAAAAUAUCUGAUGAAGUAUCAAAUGAAUCAAGUAAAAGAGUAAUGGUAGAUGUUAAUGAUGCUCCAUUAGCUCCAUCAAAAAAUCCAUUUGAACAAAUGAAGCCACCAUCAAAACACUCUCACCCAGAAUAUUUUGAUAUUUACACUAAUGCUGGUUGGAAAUAUGUAGACAACAUUUAGUUAACAAUAAAACCCUAAUAAAUAUAAUUAUAAUUAUUUUUUUUUAUAUUAAAUUGUAUGAUUUGUUUUUUUUUGCUUAUUUAGAUAGAUAAAAUAAAUUGGUAUUUUACCAUAUCACAAAAGAAGUUUAUUAUUAUUAUUAAUUUGAAAUUUGCGUUGUUAUUAAUUUAUUGAUAAUAUUGUUUUUGAUUCAAUGUUAAUUUUAAUAGAACGUUCACUAUUAACAAGUUAUUUUUACUCAUAAAAAAAAAAAAAAGACGAUUGUAAAACAUUGUAAAUAUAGUUAAAAUAAAUACAGAAGGAAUAAAAUUACAUACCUUAUGUGUUACGUACUAGGUGUUCGACAGCCAAAUAAAAAUGUCAUUGCAGAACACAAAAAAUACUUACUCGACCCUG